UCUUUAUUUGCUGAGCUCUGUCUUCCUUGGGCAGGCCGAGGCAUUGUUUCCGACGAUCCAAGAGGAAAAGUCCAUUGUGGCUGCGAACUUUUUAAUCUGCGGAUUUAAAGCCCAUCACAUGCUCGGACGGGGUUGCGGAGCGCUCUACCAAACACAACAGGCAAACUACUGCUGAAGGAAACGUUUCAUCUUAAAAGUACAGAAAAAUGCGUUUUAAUCCUUAUACCGCAAUGCCAGCGCAUUUUCCUGGACUUUAGGAUCGCUGGCGGUUGUGUUUAGGAGCAAAGACCGAGAGUGAAACUUCUUUUUUUUUUUUUUUUUUCCCCCUAUUAGGGGAGAGACCUGACCGCCGGCGUUUCAGGAUAAACAUGACGCAAAAGUACAGCCAGCGGUCUUUAAUUGUUCUGUCUUUGAUGGGGAUUUUAUCGGCCGUCAUGUCGGUUUUAUCGGUGAUUUUGAUUUUACAGCUGCAGUCACAGCAGACGGCGGUGAAGGAAUCUCCCCCCUCCACCUCCUCGGUCAUACCCGCUCAUGUCUGGGCCGUCCUGCUGCCAGUGGCCACAGUGCUCUCCGCUCUGUCCCUCACCCUCAACUUGAGCUCUGUGGUGGUGUGCCUCCUCCACAGCUAUUUUUCAACCGAGGUCUGCAGAGGAGAACAGGAUACAGAAAGAGCAGACUGGUUCCUCUUGGACAGCAGAGCUGUGCGACAUGUGGCUAUUGGACUCUUCUGUCUGGGAGUUUCCGUCUAUUUAAUAGCUAUGUCCAUCUUCAUGCUCCUAAUAUUUGAGAUGGAGACCGGAAUCGCCAGUGCUUGUGUACUCUCCUCUGGGAUCCUGAUCCUGCUGGUGGCUGUAAUACACGCUUUGGUUAAAGCUUCCCGUACUGGGAAGCGCUAUCACAGCGACCACCUCGACACCUUGUAUCAUAACGACCACGGAAGCAGCAGCACGCCUGUUUCUCGGCCCUGCGAGCUAAAAAUUGGGGUGGACAAACCGCGGAUUCACCGCAGCCAGUCUCACCUCCAGCAUCAGAUCGCCUUCACUCAAUGUGGCGAUCCGAGACAGCGAGAACAGUAUCAGCAACAGCAGUACUCCCCUAUGGGAGGUUCGCAAGGCCACUCCAGUGAUAAAGAUGGUUACAGCAGUGGCGGCAGCUAUCCUCGAAUGCACAGGACACUGUCUACUGAAUCUGGUUUACUACAGGCCCCGGUUAAACCCUGGAAUGGAGUCAACAAUGAGAUGAGGAGCAUCCUUGCGCGAAAGUCAGGGAUUUGUGCAAAAGACUCUACUCUUGUGUAACGUAAAAUGAAAUGAGCUUUUGUGUCAGUGUUUAGAAAAGACUGAUGAUCUACAAGUACUGCAUGUGGAUGACAAGUGAAAUCUCAGUGCAGAUGUGCAUCUGGCAGUUUUAUACACAUUCAACAUGUUUAUCCAGACUGACUGCAGACAGCAUGACUAAAAACAACAAACAAAAAAAUUUAAGUUUUUAUGUUUAGCAACUUAUUUCUCUAAGACAGGUUAUGAAGUAUUAUUAACCUGGUGGAAACUGUAUGUAUUUUGUAGUGCUUCCUAUUAAGGAAUUUGAUCUACAUUUCAUUAUACACACCAAUGCAACCCAUGUAUCAAUCUGAUGGAUUUAUAGCCUGUAUUAUAAUCAUGUUAAUACUUUAUUCUGCUGUAUAUAGUGGCUUUUUGCCAAAGGAGUGCACAAUGUGCAUGUGCUGUGUAAAAUGAUUUCAUACAAAUGUUAAAUAAAUGUAUUCUAGAAAUAUAAUUGAGAAUAUUU